AUGUCGAACACGGACAUGGCGGCCACGAUGCUGGCGGCGUAUGGCAGUUUCCCCAUCGCCAGCACUUUCGACAUUACAGACUCGAGCCCAGGACUGCACGAGUCCGAAGUUCCUGCCUACAGUGCUGCGUUCGACGUUGAGCCCUCGGCCAAGAGGCAUGCUGCGUGCGAUGAAUGCAGAAAGCGCAAGCUGAAAUGCUCUGGCGAACCCACAGGAUGCGGACGAUGUGUCAAGCAGAAGCUGAUCUGCCACUACUCGGCACAGAAACAGAUGGGAAGACCUAGAAAGAGACAGAAGACUGGCGACACUCGCAACAAUGAUGAGGAUCCUCCCAUACGAUUGCUCGAGUCUGCUGGUGCUCGGCCGCAACAACCAGUCAAUGGACCUCCUCCAAGUGUUUCCGAGCCCGUUGUCGACCCGGAGUUGACGGAAAAGGAUAUCGAGCGCACAAACUUCCAGAAUAUAUGCAGUGCUUCGAUAGCGCAGACUGUCAAACGGAACGCAGCCGAAGCACGGGCUGCUGCCGGAAGGACAGUUUCCUCGGGCAAUAACAACGGAAACGUCCAGCCAGGCUCGCAGAGCUCGAGCAAUACAUCCCCAUAUGAUGUUCCGCAGACACCUGCAGAAGGAGAGGACAUCACGAACACCACGCUCUAUCCAACAGAUGUAUCUCAAUGGCCUGAUUUUAGCGAUAUGACCAUGCUCCCGGUGGUGGUAACGGACAGGAACGAGCGCGAAAAGCCGUUUCUCGCAGGGCACAAUGGCACAAACAGCGAUCCUGUGCCCGUCACAGGCUCGACGCCCUACUCAAACUACCUUGCAGGACUCGAUGUGAAUCCUAGCACACUAGGGCAACUUCCCACCGUACCAGCUUGUCCAUGUCUACCCAACCUAUAUCUUACCCUCUCGACGCUGUCCACUUUAUCUGCCUUUCCCGUCUCAUCUGGUAUGAUUGACACACUGUUGAAUGCUCACCGCACCUGCCGAUCCGUCGUAUACUGUGCUGUGUGUCCUCAGAAGAUGCAGUCUGGGUCGCAGAAUGUGUUCUUGAGUACGAUGCUGGUCACUGUGCUUGCAGACCACUGGCACCGAGUUAAAAAGGCCGGUGCAAAGGAGCUGAAACUCGGCUUUGGAAGCCCUGACUCCGAGUCGAUGGAGACCAUUGUACCCAUGGGCGUCCGGGAAGACCUUGAAUGGCGUACGUUCGGAUACCACUUAAUCAGGGCAUUCGUCUUCGGUGACCACCAAAUCCCCGACCCUCCCAGCUCUACGACAUCAUCCUCGAGGAGAAAACCGCAGAUCUUACCAACCCACGUGUCCUCCGAAGACAGCGACGGCUCCGCGGUCUACACACUUGAUUCGCUGGUACACGCCCUCGAGCGGCGCCAGAAACAAUGGCACGACGUUGAACCAUACCAUAACUCACGGGAAUUCCCGCCAAAGUUAGGACAAGACAAUUUGCAUCCUGAUGCCUCCGCUCACCAGCAUGGGUUGCCAAGGGGGUACACCCCGGGAAUGACGCUGGAGGACAUCAAGAAAUGCGAGGAUGAGCACCGGGCUAGUGGAGGUGCGGACGAGGGCCUGUUGUGUUUCAAGAUUGUUAAGCAUAGUAGGAUCAUGAUGAAUAGCCUGGAGGGCGAUGUUCCCCGAGUGGAGGGCUGA